AUGUCUGCUCACAGAGCUAUCCAGAACAGUGGCUUUCAGACGUCAGUCGAUAUCGCCCGCCAGCAGCCGUUUGCCGUAGCCCCGCUGGCGGGCCAGAAACGGCCCCCCAGCGGCGCUCUAAACGAGGAUACAGAUAAUCCCAGUUCUCAUGCAAUAAAUGGGACCUCACGUCAGAAUCUGCCUAAUGGCCAAGGAUUGGAUUUUACCCGGCCUCAAGUGCAUCUACCGAAGAGCCGUUUGAUUGCUAGUGAGAUAUGUACUGUUGCAGGUUCUGAGAAUGAACAGAAACCACGACCAGAAGAUCCGUCAAAGUCUCAAGGUUCCCUUCAGUCGCUGAAUGACCCUAAAUUCGGACUGCCUCCAGCUCUGGUGGCCAACUUUGCUGCUGCCGGUGUCACCAGCAUCUACCAAUGGCAGGCAUCAUGCUUGCUUGGUGAAGGCCUCCUGAAAGGGAAGCGGCAUCUAAUCUAUACGGCACCCACGGGCGGUGGGAAGUCGCUUGUGGCUGAUGUUCUGAUGCUGAAGCGGAUCAUCGAGAACCCUACGCGCAAAGCGAUUCUGGUCCUCCCGUACGUGGCCUUGGUCCAAGAGAAACUUAAGUGGCUCCGGCGCAUAGUCCAAGAUGUUGAAAAAUACACCGUUGACGAUGAACACCCCGACGCGAGUCAUCACCGUUGGAGGAAAAUGCAGAAAUCUAUUCGCAUUUCGGGUUUCUUUGGAGGGAGCAAAACUACCGCCUCUUGGGAGGAUACAGACAUUGCAGUUUGCACCAUUGAAAAGGCGAACUCAUUGAUCAACACUGCUAUUGAGGAAUGCAGUAUUGGAGAACUGGGGGCAGUCGUGUUGGAUGAAUUGCAUAUGCUUGACGACGAGAAUCGAGGAUACUUGUUGGAACUGAUGGUGACCAAGCUGCUUCUACUGCAGCAGGAUAUUCAGAUCAUUGGAAUGAGCGCUACCAUCUCGGUCAAGAAUACGGAGCUGUUGGCAGACUGGAUUAAUGCUAGAUACUUUGUAUCAACCUAUCGUCCAGUGCCCGUGGACGAAUAUCUUAUCUAUGAUAAUGCGAUCUACCCAGCCGCGACUUCGAGACAGCUCUUUCAGACAAUCUCGAAGCUGACAGCCACAGGAGGACCCUUCUUGAGCGAGGCCGUGCCUCCCCAGCGCACAAUCAAACCUUCUGCCUUCAGGGAAUUAUCUAACCCGAUGUCAAACGCAAUGGUAGCUAUGGCAAUCGAUACGGUCACUGCAGGAUACGGUGCUCUGGUGUUCUGUGGCAGUAGAGUAGCCUGUCAAGUCCACGCUGCGCUCAUAAGCGAGGCAAUGCCUGAUCCAGGUACGCUUGGCGCAGAGGAUCUGGGUAAGCGACUCGACCUGCUGGCAGAGCUUCGCAGUCUUCCCAGCGGACUGGAUCCGGCUCUGGAGAAAACCCUCAUCAAAGGCGUGGGAUUCCACAACGCAGGGAUGACGACCGAAGAGCGUGAAGCCAUUGCACAGGCAUAUGAUCAAGGUGUUCUAAAGGUGCUGGUUGCCACCUGCAGUCUCGCUGCUGGCGUCAACCUUCCGGCGAGAAGAGUAAUCAUAAAUGGAGCACGCAUGGGCCGUGAACUAGUUGGGCCAGCAAUGUUGCGCCAAAUGUGCGGUCGAGCCGGCCGCAAAGGCAAAGAUGAGGCGGGUGAGACAUACCUUAUUGUCGGAAAAUCUGAUCUCCAGGCUGUUUGCGACCUUCUGGAGGCCGAUAUGCCAGCAAUUGAAAGUUGUUUGGCGCCGGAAAAGAGAGGACUGAAACGAGCACUCUUGGAGGCAAUUGCAACCGGUCUUGUCUCAGGCGUUGCCGCCAUCAAAGAAUAUGUGAAAUGUACCCUUUUAUAUCGGACUGUUGAUAAGAAGCUGUCGUACAGCAUCAUGGACUCAGCCCUUCAAGAGCUGGCAGAAGAAAAGCUCAUUCAACUGAAUGAAGACGAGUCUUAUGUAGCCACUCAGCUUGGACAAGCCGUGGUUGCUUCUGCCUUUGCGCCAGAUGACGGUCUUUUCAUGUAUGAGGAGCUGAAGCGAGCGCUCCAGGCUUUCGUGAUGGACGGCGACAUGCAUGUUUUCUACAUGUUUACUCCGCUCCAAGCCGCGGCACAGACUCAGAUUGAUUGGCCAACAUUCAGGGACUUAUUGGAUACCCUGGAUGACAGUGGUAUACGCGCUUUGCAGUUUGUUGGAGUAAACCCUGGCUUUGUGAACUCAAUGGUUCAAAGUGGUGCAUCACUGAAAGAGGACACCCCGGAACAAGUGACUCAAGCAAGGAUAUAUCGGCGCGCAUAUACAGCCUUCCAGCUCCGUGAUCUCAGCAACGAGGUUCCAUUACCUGUGAUUUCAAGUCGGUACAAGAUUCCCCGUGGAACAAUCCAGACUCUAGCGCAGCAGUGUCAUGGAUUCGCCGCGGGAAUAGUGAAGUUUUGUCAGCGCAUGGGCUGGGGCUGGACGGCAAGGUUACUUCGCGACAAUGGAUUUCGGAACCUGAGAGCAUUAGCUGAGGCCGAUCCCAAGGAUGUUGUACCCGUAUUGAAGAUGGUUAAUCCUCGUAAGACCCAGCGAAACCAGCUUCACCCAACUGAAGCUGAGCGCUACGCUGGGAAGUUACUCGCUAAAGCAGAGGUCAUUGUCGCAUCGGCUAAUAGGAUUUGGGAACGAGAAAUGCAGGUUGAUCUGGAUGAGUGA